AUGUGCUCUCGCUGCCGGCAGUGCAUCGACAGCUUUAGACUUGACAGCGCGCCCACAACAGAGCUCAGUGAUACAGCCAGCAGAGGCUGCCAAGCUGAUUUAUGCCCAUUUCGCAUCCAGGUAGAUGGCUACUCAGGAGCCAGUCCAGUGAUGUUUACUUUGACCAUCCGCAAUGGUGACGCGCAAUGGCAGAUUCGACGACGAUUCCAGCAAGUGAGGUCGUUACAUCAAGCACUCAGUCAAACGUAUUUGGCACGUUACUUGCCAAUGCCACCGCCUCGAGCGACAGUUCGUUCAGUGAUCCUUGGGCAGCACAAUCGGCGAUUUCUUGAAGAGCGCUCUGCAAGGAUUCAGGAAUAUUUGCGGGCGCUCACGGCGCAGAUUCCAGUGGUUGAGCAGUGCGAAGCACUUUACCAGUUUCUGUGCUAUUUGCACUUGCCAAGAUGGAGAGGUGACCGAGUCCUGGUGGGUGGCGGAGCACCACCGGUCCAUCCCGAUGUGGUGCCCAAGUUGCCGAGGGCACCUCCACCAGGGCUCACAACUGAAGAGGGGCAGGUCGAACCGCCGAAGGCAACGGUUUGCGUGGUGUGCCAGGAGGUGAUGGAUGCCAAGGAGGACAUUCGGGUGCUUCCUUGCAAGCACGAGUUCCACUUCAAGUGCAUCUCCAGCUGGUUGACCAAGAGAAACACUUGCUGCAUUUGCAAUGGUCCUGCCGUUCUGUCCGCACCUCACUUCACUUGA